UACAAGCCUGAAAGAAGAGUAAAUGAGAAAUAAUAACAAUAUUACAGAAUUUGUCCUCCUAGGCUUUUCUCAGGAUCCUAGUGUGCAAAAAGCAUUAUUUGUCAUGUUUUUACUCACAUAUAUUGUGACCAUGGUGGGGAACCUACUUAUUGUGGUGACUAUUAUUGCCAGUCCUUCCUUGGGCUCCCCAGUGUAUUUCUUCCUUGCCUGCCCGUCAUUUAUAGAUGCUGUGUAUUCCACUACCAUUUCUCCCGUAUUGAUUGUAGACUUACUCUGUGAUAAAAAGACUAUUUCCUUCCCAGCUUGCAUGUGCCUGCUAUUUAUAGAUCACUUGUUUGGUGGUACAGAGAUCUUCCUUCUGGUUGGGAUGGCCUAUGAUCGCUAUGUUGCCAUCUGUAAGCCACUGCGUUAUUUGACCAUCAUGAAUCGACUGGUGUGUGUUUUUCUGCUGCUGGUGGCCGUGACUGGAGAUUUUGUGCAUUCUGUGUUUCAAAUUGUUGUUGUGUACAGUCUCCCUUUCUGUGGCCCCAAUGUCAUUGACCACUUUUUCUGUGACAUGUACCCAUUAUUGGAAGUGGUAUGCACUGAUACCUACUUUAUAGGCCUCGCUGUGGUUUUCAAUGGUGGAGCAAUCUGUAUGGCGUUCUUCACCCUUCUACUAAUUUCCUAUGGACUCAUCCUAAACUCCCUUAAAGCUUACAGUCAGGAAGGGAGGCGUAAAGCCCUGUCUACCUGCAGCUCCCACAUUACCGUGGUUGUCCUCUUCUUUGUUCCCUGUAUUUUCAUGUAUGUUAGACCUGUCUCAAACUUCGCUAUUGAUAAAUUCAGGACUGUGUUUUAUACAGUUAUCACACCCAUGUUGAACCCUUUUAUAUACAUAUUGAGAAAUUCAGAGAUGAAAAGUGCUAUAGAAAAACUCUUGGAAGUUCUGGACAGGCAAGUAUUUAUGAUGUCACCUGGCUCCCCGCCAGACACUGGGGAAAUAAGCAUGGAGACGGGGCACUGCUUGCACAGGGCACAUUUUGGGGGACAGCUACCUUGUCUGGUGCACCAUCCUCACCUGCACCUGGCAAGUUUUGAAGCUGGAGAAAGAUGUCUAGACUUCAAAGGAGAUUUCGGAGGCAGCAGCUCACAAGGAAGUGAUCCUGAAAUUGUGGCUGAAGGCGCUGAGUGCUCAGUCUGUCCAAGGAUGAUGAUGCUUUUCAGAGUACUGGUGUCACUUACUGUACUGGGUGGCAUCGGGCUGCCAGAUAGAGUCAGAAAGAAAACAGGCGGGAGCAGAGCCAGUAAACUUCCGAAGCUUUCAAUGACAGGAAAGCUGGAGAUCAGGAGCCAGUUGGAGGUCAUGAUGCGCUGCAGCCUGGGACCCUGA